GGGGUUGGAAAGAGUUAUUUUUCCAGGAUCCAUCCCGCAGUAGUUCAGAGCUGACCUCCGCUCGUUUGGGAUAUUUUCUCUUUCCGUCCGGACGGUGACGCGCUGCAGAUCCGAUUAUGGGAGACGCUCAGUCUGCGCAACGGGAGGCCAAAGGCGAUGCAGCAGCGGAGGAGGAGGAGAGCGGAGAAGUGAAGGAUGUGCAGGACGUCGACAACAAGGUUCUCCAAAAAAAUGGACAGAUCUCCGACAUCAGCAAGAAAGCUGAGAGCUCCAUAUCAGAGCUGAAUGGCAACUGUGAAGAUAUAGAAGCUGCCAUUUGUCCAGAAAUAAAUAUUACAGAAGCAGUGGAGGAUAAAGAGACACCUUUAGAAAAUGAAAUCGAUUUAAAGGAUGUAGCUAAAGACACUGAAGACGAACUGGUUGAACAAGAGGAUGUGAUCGAAAUGGAUGCCAAGCAGAAUGACAUCAAUGAAAGUUUCAGGAAAUUUUUCAGCAACAUUGGUCUGAAACUCACAGUUAAGAGAGGCUCCACUGACAAAGGUGGCGUACCUAUAGACAUGUCGGAGGAGGAACCAAGCAAACCAGAAGACAUUAAGGGUGAAGAUGCUGCAAACAAAAUAAACAAGGAUGAUGAGGAACAAACAGAACUUAUCACAGCAGAGGAAGCUGUAGAAAAUGACUCGACUGUGUGCCAGACACUGACAGAUGACACACCUGAUGAUUUUCAGGAAAAAGAAGGAGAAAAAACAGCCGAAACCAACGAGGAAAGAAUAUCACAUGAAACAUCUCCACUUCUCAAUGAGGAUACUACGCCACAAGAGGAACCACAACCACCAUCUCCAACUGGUCUUGAUGAAACUGCAAGUCCAUUUAAAAAGUUUUUUACAACUGGGAUCUUUUCUGGUCUCCGAAAGAAAAAAAAGCUUGAAGACGAAGAGGUGGGUGAGAAAGAACUGGUAGAAGGUGAAGUAAAUGUGACCCAGGCUGGAAAUGAUGAGCUACAUGAUGAAGAUGUCACUCCAGUUCUUGAUGCUAAAGAGGAGAACCUAAUCACCAAAUCAGCUGAAGUCCAGGAGGAAGCUAAAGCACCAUUGAUUGUUGUAGAUGAAAUCACAAACUCCCAGGAAAUUGUUCAAGAGAGUCCCCUAAAAAGGCUUUUGUCAGGCUCAAGUUUCAAGAAGCGCAGUAAAAAGCAAAAAGGCAGAAAAUCCAGUGAUGCAAAGCUGUCUGACUCUGGAGAACACGUUUCAGAUCAGCAUCUGUCAUCUGUAGAGUCAGCUGAAAAUAAGAAAGAUGAAACCUCUGCCCAGACAUCUGCUGAGGCAGUGAGUGGGGAAGAUGGGGCUUGGUUUUCCUUCAAAAAACUUGUUACUCCCCAAAGGAGGAAGAAGUCGUCUGUGGACCAUGUAGAGGAACCAAUCCAAGGUUCAAAAGAUGGAGAGAAAUCAGUUGAAGGGGAGCAAAUAUCGGAUCAAAGCACGGAGGAGGGAAAAAGGAGAAAAGACUCGUCUGUGUCAUGGGAAGCUGUGCUGUGUGGAUCAGGGAGGAGAAGAAGCCGGAAAACCUCAGACUCCGAGGAUGAGACACCUCAGCUGGACGGUGAAGAGAACAGGCAAAACGACAGAUCUAAAGAAGCAGGAUCAAGAGCUUCUACUGAGGUGCAGGAGGUUCUGGCUUCACCCCCUAAAGAGACAGAAGGUCCUCCAGAGGGAGACGAAAGCUCAACAUGGAAAUCAUUCAAAAAGCUUGUCACUCCCAAAAGAAAAUCUAAAGAUGAGGGAGAACGUAUCAGCGAAAUCGACCAAGAGGAUUCUUCCUUUUCCAUAAUAAGGCUCCUGUCAGGAAGGAAAACAAGGAAGUCUGUUGAUGUUUCCCCUGAAGAGGUUAGUAAAGAGAUAGCAAGCGUCUGUGAUGAAGACUCUGAGACACCAGCUGUGGUUCCACUGUCUGAGUUUGAUUUAACAGAAACACAAACAAUGGCAGAAAAGGAUGCAGACAAUACGCAUCAAAUGGACAUAAACGAAAUCAAAGAGGAAGUCCAGUCUAAGGAUACUGUGCAAGUUCAGGCAAAUGACAUCCCAGACAAUGAAGGAGCUUUAGAAAAGGAGGCUUCAUCGGCUGUUGCUACAAAUGAAGAACACAAUGAGCUCACAGAAUCAAGCGAGCAUCAACACCUCAGUGACAUACCGGAAGAGGGAGUCCUCACAGAGAACACCCCGGCCUCAGAGGAGGCAGCUAAAGAUGAAACAAUAGCAGAGGAUCUGUUGGAGAUCACAUCUGAGGCCAUUACUGCUCCAGAACCAGCAGAUGUUACCCUGGCAGAUGAAACUGAGAUGGUUUCUGCAUUAUCCCAGUUAUCAGAGUCUUCAAAAACAUCUGGCAACACAACACCUGUCCCUGCAGAGUACAGCGUCCUAAACACAGAGACCCUCCUCCAGCAGGUUUCUGAGACUAUCACCGUAAGCCCAAAAGCAGUUCCAGUGUUCUUAGAGGAACCGAACCCUGAAAGAGUUGUUUGUUUAGCCUCCAAUCAAAUACUUGAAUCGUCUGUAUUAGAGAAGCCAAAAAUACUGGAAAUACACAGAGAAUCAGAUGCAGCAAGCAUAAAAACCGGCUUAAAUGCUGAAGAAAUUGAUGCAGUGAAUGAAGUCACAGCAACGGCCCAAGCCGAAAGUAUAUCUCACCUUAAUGAAGCCAUUUUAACGGAAAUUUCUUCAGAAGUUCCUAAAGAGUUGCUUGACACUGCCAAGCCUGCUGCAGAUGAAGUCUAUGAAGUAAAUAUUUCAGAGUUACAAAAAGACAUUAAGGAUAUGCAAAUUGUUGAAGAGAGGCAACAUGCGGUUGAAGAUACAGGGGAUGUAGAUGAAGAGGCAUCUUCAGAGAGUUUACCUAAAGGAGAAGAUGCAGGAACUGAGGAUGUUUUGACUGAUCAAACUGAGCAGGACAGCAGAAAAACACACUCUGAAGAAGAAGAACUAGCUGUUCCAUCAGCAGAUGACUUGGAGGAAGCAUAUGAGAAGGAGGAAGAACAACCUGCAACAGAGCUGGACACUGAAACCAAACAAAUGCCCUUUGAGCAAGCCCAAAAUGAGGCUUUAUCUUCUGCAGCAGUGGAUGAGUUAGAAAAACAGGCUGGAGCAGAAAAAGUCGAGUUGCCCAAUGUAGAGCGUGAUAUUCAGUCACAUGAGGAAAGAUCCGCAGAGGACACGGAGCCAUCUGAAAUACUGUCACAGGAUCUUACUGAAGUAACCAAAACAAACACGGAACCUCAAAUAGCUGGAGCUGAAACUGACAUAAGUCCACCAAUCCAGUUGGAGGAGGACAUGCUUGAGACACCUAACAAAGAAGUAGAUUUGAUUUCAGAAAAUAUUUUAACUACUGAAAAGGAUACUGAUGAGUCAACACAGGUAGUGACUCUCCCUGAAAUGACCAAGGAAGCAGCAAAGAAAGAGCCAGAAAAUGAUCUGUCUGAAGUAACGGUAUCAUUAGAAAAUGUUCAAGCACCAACAUUAGAGUCAGAAGAAGAUAUAACCGAACCCCCUAAUAGGGAAGUAUUGUUGUCAGAUGGUCCAGCAUUUGAAACAGAAGCAGAAGAAUCCAGACAGGUGGAUUCUUUGAUUGAAGAAGCCAAAGAGGAAGAGAGGAAAGAGUCUCUAAUAGCUGCUGAUCAAGUCGGCAGCUCUGAAGUUACAGAUGUAUCAGAGAUCAUGCAGGAUCCGGCAACAGAGACAGAUGAGAACGUUGUUCAGUCCCUACUUGAAGACGUGUCAUUACCAGACAUGUCAUCAGGUGAAACCCACACAGAAGAAUCUAAACCACCAGAACCUCUCACUGAAGUCAGAGAGGAGCAAGACGAUAAAGAACCUAGAAUAGGUGAAGUCCAAAUUGAUCAGUUAGAAAUUACAGAGGUAUUUCAAACCGUUGAAGUGCCAACAUUAGAGUCACAAAAUACAUCUGCCCUGUCCCCUGAUGAAGAAUUAUUACUGUUUGACAUUUCCCAAGCUAAAACAGGAGAAUCCAAACAAGUAGAGUCUCUCACUGAGGUCCCAGAUGAACAAGAAGACAAAGAGACAAAAGCAGAUGCAGCUGAAACAGAAGAAUCCAAACACGAAGAGUUGGUCACUGAGGUCCCAGAUGAGCCACAAGACAAAGAGACAAAAGCAGAUGCAGCUGAAACAGAAGAAUCCAAACACGUAGAGUUGGUCACUGAGGUCCCAGAUGAGCCAGAAGACAAAGAGACAAAAGCAGAUGCAGCUGAAACAGAAGAACCCAAACACGAAGAGUUUGUCACUGAGGUCCCAGAUGAGCCAGAAGACAAAGAGACAAAAGCAGAUGCAGCUGAAACAGAAGAAUCCAAACAAGUAGAGUUGGUCACUGAGGUCCCAGAUGAGCCAGAAGACAAAGAGAUAAAAGCAGAUGCAGCUGAAACAGAAGAAUCCAAACACGUAGAGUUUGUCACUGAGGUCCCAGAUGAGCCAGAAGAAGAGACAAAAGCAGAUGCAGCUCAAACUGAAAACGCUGAACUUGCAGAAGAAUUUAAAUCUGUAAAGUCCGAUGAGGAUGUUAUUCAAUCCCUUAUAAAAGACACUGAAAUGGACAAUCAGGAAGAAAAACAAGAGGUAACUAAUAAAAUCAAAGGCAUAAAUCCACAAACAGAUGCUGAUCAAAUCAACCAGGUUAAAGAGGAAAUAUCCUCGCAAGCACCAAUAAUUAAUUUAGAAGAAGAUGCAGUUAAGUCCAUUGAUAAGGAGGCAUUGUCCCCUGAAAACAUUUUAGCUGGAGUAACAAAUUACAAGGAACUUGAACUGGCAAAGUCCCUCCCUGAAGCACAAGAAGAGCAAGACAACAAAGAGCUACAAACAACAAUUACUGCAUUGGAGUCCUCGGAAGUUGCACAUGUUUCUGAGAUUAAAGACGCCAUAGAUGUUGCACAAGAUGCCAUACUGGAGUCAGAGGGAAGCAGAGUUGAGAUUCUGGAAAAAGACAUAACACCUUAUGAAACUGUACCAAAAGCAGAAACAGCUGAAGAGACACCUAAAACUCAGACACUAGAUGUUCAAGCAGAAGAUACUCCUGAAACCGAACAAGCUCUGGAACCAGAACCUUCUUUAGCACCUCCACUAGAUCCAGCAGAAAUUAGCUGUGAAGCUUGUGAUACAGACGUGAUAUAUGAUACUCCAGUAGUGGAAAAGGUCACAGAUGAAUUAAUUAUUACCGAUUUGAAAGAACCUCUCUGUGAGAAACUAGAAGGUUCGCUCUCAGAUGCACAAGACAUUACCUCAGAUCUAGAUACAAGUCAACAAACAACUGCACCAAAUGAAGAGGAAAGUACAACUGAAAAAGUUGAACUGCAAACAAUGCUUCAAGAUGUUCCUCAACCAGAAGACAUUGACAUUGCUAAAGAAGAGCCAGAGGGCAACGUUGCACAGCAGUUGGAUCAAGAAACCGAUGCUGAACCAUGUGAUGCUAAGGUUAAGGAUGAAGAAAAUGUUCUUGAAGAUCUGCAAGGGUUACAGGCACCAACAGCAGUUCACAUAUCAUCAGUUGAUGAGAGUCCAGGGAGUGCAGAGGUCCUAGAAAAAACAACAAGUCUUGAGGAAAACCUGCCAGAUUGUAUAGACACAGCAGAAGUUUCAGAGGAAUCCAGGAACGAAGUGAAUCUCUGUGAGCAGCAGGAGAGGGUAGAGGGGGAGGAAGUGGAUCUUCUUUCAGACGCUGAGAUAAAAGUUGCUGCAACCGUUAGUAACGUCAUAUCACACGAAGUUAUGAGUAAUCUGAAGGAGGUUUCAACUGAGAAACCUAGUGCUGUAGUUUGUGAAGCUUUAACGGCUAAAAUGGUCAGUGAGUCAGAAUUCAUUGAUACAGUUGAGACUACGGCACCAUUAGUGUUAGAUGAAAUAAAUCAGGCAGCAGAGCCCAGCAGCGCUGUUCUGAAGAUGAAUGUUCCGCCCGUGGAGAUCGAGGUCAAUCACAAAGUCCAGGUGCACCUGAUGGAUGUUGAGAUCAGAUCAGCCGAGAAGAUGGUAGACACAGUGAUCCAGGUAGGGGUUACAGAAGUUAAGGGGACCAUUGAUGUGUGUCAGGAAAACAUUCAGGAAGUAGAGAAUAUCUCAGCCACUGCGGGAAUUGAAGAAGGAGUCGCAUAUGAAGGAAUCCAGGUGACAGUUCAAGAUGUCAUGCAGCACAUAACAAGUAACUUACCAGAGUCAGCAUCCGACUCGGCCUCUGAAAAUGAGGAAAAGGACAUUGAAUUGAAAGAAAUUAUACAAAAGGUUUGUGAGACAGAUCAAAAGGAAUUGGUUCAAACAGAAGAAGAUACAUUGAUCAUUGACAGCACUGAGAUGGUCAAUGAAGGACAAGAGGAGGAGGCUUUAACUGUUACUGAGAACUCUGGAAUCCCUGUUGAGCAACUUGAAGAAUCCAAGCUACUGUCCAGUAGUCCCCAAAGCUCUGAAGUGUCCAUCAAGGACCACAAAGAGGAUUUAAAGGAAGCAAAACCUGCUGAGCCAGAAAUAAUCACUGCAGUAGGAGAUGUAAGAGCAGAGGUGUUAGCUGUAAAAGACCCCAAUGAAAGCCCAAUGGAACCUCUGCCAACUACUCACACACAAGUCGCCACUGCUGGCACUGCUGGAUUAGCUGUGCCCCAAAACACCGGAGUAAUCUCCUCAGCAGGGAACCUUGAGUCCCCCUCUAGCCUGUCCUUAGAAUUUAAACUGAAUAUACAGUUUGCUCAAGCUAAAACCCAAACAUGGCCAUCAGCUGCACCUACAGAGAGACCUGAACCCGUUAGACAGGUUGAUGUUUUUGACGCUGGAGUUCAGGCAGAGGAGUCAGUACCUAAAGGAGAUGAAUGCAAGAAACAGACAGAACUAAAUGAGGUCGCAGUGCAGGCAGUCAGUGUCACCGAAGCAGAUCCCGAGACACACUUAAACCAGAGGGCCUUAAUUGCAAGUCAGCCAGUGUUACAAGAUGUGGGCAUCCAAGCAGUGGAAAGGACAGAAUGGUAUGAACAAAUCCAAUCUACUGAAAGAGCCACAACAAAGGUCCAGGCCGUGGAUGUCCAAUCAUCACGACAAGAGAAGAGAGCAGUGCUCCUGAGUAAGCCUCUGCUCUCCGAGUUAAAAAAAGGCUGGGCUUUUAGGCAGUCAGAGGAUGAAAAUGAUGUGUGGCUGGAUGCAGAGGAGGACAUCUAUCCACAGCAUGUCCCACAGACAACCAUUGAUCAGGUGGACGAACAUAUCCAGCUACAGAGUGAGAGUGAACAAAAGGAGGAAGCAGAGCCUGAGAUGGAGUUUGAGAUGGCAAGCAGUCUGGAGACUGAGGACACAGAAAGCCAACAGAGCAAACGGAAAAAAGAAACAGGUGCAAUAGAAAGUGAAGGGGAGGAUUUCGAUGUUGCACUUGAGGAGCUUGGAAGCAGUGUCCCUGCAGUGGAAUGAAGCCACUAUAACCCGACCCUUGGGUUAAAGCCAGGUUUGGACAAUCAUAACAAAGAAGCCACUAAAGCAUUUCCCAUGACAUCAAGUGACACUAAAUAUGACAACUCCCAUAUUUAGCGGUGAUAUCAUCCUGGAUUUUAAAAAUAUGAUUAUUAUUUAGGUGUGGUUUGGGCAGGGAAAACUGUUGUUCUCCUCAGGGUAAAGAUAGUGGGAUUUCAGAUGUGACCACAUCGACCGUGCGUUUAGACUACUAAUAAUGUGCAAUCCUCCUACUUGUAUGUAACAUGUUAAUUCUGUCUUUAAAAAGAUAAAGAACAAUUUAACGAGAUGAUCAAAAAUAUUACUCUGACA